AUAUUGCCAUGAACAAAGAUCUAUGGGAGUAGUUCUGUUUUGUCAGAUGAUAUGAUAGCUCGUCGUUUGGAUUCCCAGAAAUGUUGUUCCUCAAACUUUUACUUCCUUUAUCAGUUCUUGCUCUGAGUUACUCAUGGACGCAGCUUCUUCUUGCUGCUACGUUGCCUCAAGAUGAAGUUGAUGUUCUGAAUCAAAUUGCUCAAACUAUGGGAGCUCGUAACUGGACCUUCAAUGCUGAUGUUUGUGAAGGUUCUUUUGACGUAAGCCGAGUUUUGCAAACGGAUCCUCUCAGGAACAUUACUUGCGAUUGCCAAUUUGUCACAGCACCGCCACAUUGUAUCAAUACAAUUCAUGCGUUACAGCCUUCCAGGAACACUUCCACCCCAACUUGUUCAGCUUCCAUACCUCCAAGAAAUUGAUUUUGCUUAUAACUAUUUAAAUGGUACAAUACCACACGAAUGGGCUACAUUGCAAUUGAAAUAUAUCUCCAUUUGAAACCGAUUGUCAGGCAAUAUUCCAGAUCAGUUAGAUAUUACCAGUCUCACAUACUUGGACCUUGAAGCAAACCAAUUCUCCGGGGAAGUCCCUGCAGUGCUUGGGAAGUUAGUUAACUUGGAAACUUUGAGACUAUCCUCCAAUAGGUUGAGUGGGAAUUUGCCAAUGGAGCUUGCUGAGCUGAAAAAUUUGACAGAUUUUAGGAUUAGUGACAACAACUUCAAUGGAAGUAUACCAGAGUUUAUACAAAACUGGAAGCAACUUCAGAGACUAGAAAUUCAAGGUUCUGGACUGGAGGGACCCAUUCCACCUUCGAUCUCUGUUUUGGAAAAGCUAAAUCAUUUGAGGAUUAGUGACAUAAAGAGCACAAAUCAGACAUUUCCUGAACUUAGAAACAUGACAAGCUUUGGAAGGAUAAUUUUGAGGAACUGUAGUAUUUCCGGGGAGAUACCUGAAUAUAUCUGGGGAAUGAAUCUACUGCGAAUCUUGGAUCUCAGUUUUAACAAGCUAACUGGGGAACUUCCAAGUGUUCCAAUUUCUGCGACCUUGAAAUUCAUCUUUCUAACUGGCAACUUUCUCAGUGGGAAUAUACCUGAGUCAAUCUUGAGGAAAGGAACUAAUGUGGAUCUCUCUUACAAUAAUUUCACUCAGCUAAGCCCUGGGCAACCUGCUUGUCAGGAUAGAAGGGAUCUAUCUCUGAACUUGUUCCGAAGCUCUUCAAUGAAAAGCAACUUAAGUGAAGUUCAGCCAUGUAGGAACGAUUUCAAAUGUGACCGAUAUUGGCACUCUUUUCAUGUUAAUUGUGGCGGAAAUGAUGUCAAAGUUAAUGGGACCACAUUUGAGGGAGAUGCAGCAGUUGCUGGAGGUGUUGCAACAUACUAUUUCAAUGAAAAUUCUAACUGGGGAUUCAGUAGCACUGGAGAUUUCACAGAUGAUGAUGAUGAACAAAACACAUAUUACAUUGAGAACUCAAAUUCAUCCCAGAUUUCUGCAUUAUAUAGUGAUGCACGCAAAUCUCCUCUUUCACUAACUUAUUUUGGAUAUUGUUUAGCAAAUGGGAACUAUGAUGUGAUUUUACACUUUGCGGAAGUCAAGUUCACAAAGGACAAUACCUAUAGCAGCCUCGGAAGACGCAUAUUUGAUAUUUAUGUUCAGGACAAACUAGUUAAGAAGGAUUUCAAUAUAGCAGCUGAAGCAUCUGGGGUUCUCAUUCCAGUUACAGUACCAGAUAAUGCCACUGUUACCAAUAACAUUCUAGAGAUCCGUUUCAAUUGGGCUGGCAGAGGGACUACGGCAAUUCCUGUUGGUGGAGUCUAUGGCCCUCUUGUAUCAGCUAUUUCUGUGGUGGAUCCCAACUUCAGACCCAAAAAGAAGGAUAUUGUACCGAUUGUUGUUGGUGUUGUUCUUGGAUUAUGUCUCAUAAUCUUGGCUUUGGGCAUCUUAUGCUGGAGAUAUUAUUUCAGAACCAAGAGAAGCAAGGAAGGAGAUCUUAUAAAAGGAUCAGAUCUUCAAACUAUUUCUUUUACCUUAAAGCAAAUUAAAGCUGCCACUAACAAUUUUGAUCCCGUAAACAAGAUCGGAGAAGGUGGAUUUGGACCUGUUUACAAGGGUCUGUUAUCAGAUGGUACUGUAGUUGCUGUGAAACAACUCUCUUCAAGAUCAAGACAGGGAAAUCGUGAAUUCUUGAAUGAACUAGUCAUGAUCUCAUGUUUGCAACAUCCAAAUCUUGUGAAACUUCAUGGCUGCUGUGUUGAAGGGGAUCAACUAUUACUGGUAUAUGAAUACCUGGAAAAUAACAGUCUUGCCCAUGUUCUGUUUGGUCGUGAUCAGUGUCAACUGAAACUGGAUUGGCCAACUAGGCAGAAGAUUUGUCUUGGAGUAGCCAAAGGUUUAGCUUUUCUUCAUGAAGAAUCAAGAUUCAAAAUUGUUCACAGAGACAUUAAAGCCACCAAUAUUCUGCUUGAUAGGGAGCUAAAUGCUAAAAUAUCCGACUUUGGAUUGGCUAAGCUUUAUGAGGAGGAGAAAACCCACAUUAGCACUCGAGUUGCUGGUACAAUGGCCUUUCAUUUACAACAAAGUGGAAAGCUAAUUGAGUUAGUGGAUCAAAAGUUGGGAUCUGAAUUCAACGAGUUUGAAGCAGAAAGGAUGAUUAGAGUGGCACUCAUAUGCACCAAUGCUUCACCUUCACUACGGCCUAUCAUGUCUGAAGUGGUGAGCAUGCUGGAAGGAACAUCUACCAUUCCAGAUGCAGUACCUUUAUCAGGGAGAAACAAUGAAGAUUUGAGGUUUAAAACUCUAAGAGAUCAUCAUAAACAAGUUAACCAGGAUUUGGCACGAAGCCAGGCUCAUUAUCCAACAUCAAGUAGCUCCUUUUUUGGUUCUUCCUCGGCUGAUGAUGUUUGCGAAAUUAAUGAAGAGUCAUAUUUGAGGUUUAAAGCCAUAAGAGACAGUCACAUACAGACUAGUUCCUCUAAAUCUGUCCAAGAUAUGCGUACUCUCAGAAGAACAAAGGCAAAAAGACAGCUUUAUUUUCUGUUCCCAGAAAUGUUUCCUCUCAAACAUUUGGUUCUUGUAUCAGUUAUAGCUCUGGGUUACUUAUGCAUGCAAAUAUUUGCUGUUACUAGGCUGCAUCAAGAUGAGGUUGAGGUGCUCAAUCAAAUUGUUAAAACAAUGGGAGCUAACUGGACCUUCGGUUCUGAUGCUUGUGAAGAUUAUGUGGAUAUUAAACCAGUUCUAUCAAUGGAUCCUCGGAGGAACAUUACUUGUGACUGUGGAUUUGAGAACAACACCUGCCACAUCAUAGCCUUAAAGAUCCUGCUUUUUGGUCUUCCGGGCACCCUUCCAACGGAACUUGUUCAUCUUCCUUACCUCCAAGAAAUAGAUUUUGCUUACAACUAUUUAAGUGGUCCAAUCCCACGUGAAUGGGCUUCGAUGCAAUUGACGUACAUCUCUCUUUUUGGGAAUCGGUUAUUGGGAAACAUGCCAAGCUUUUUGGGGAACAUUACUGGUCUCACAUACUUGGACCUUGAAGUGAACCAAUUUUCCGGAACAGUCCCUUCAGAGCUGGGGAAGUUAGUUCACUUGGAAACUUUGAGGCUGUCCUCCAAUAGGUUGACUGGAAAUUUGCCAAUGGAACUUGCUGAGCUGAAAAAUUUAACUGACUUUAGGAUUAAUGACAACAACUUCAAUGGGAGUAUACCAGAAUACAUAAAAAACUGGAAGCGACUUCAGAGACUAGAAAUUCUAGGUAGUGGACUGGAUGGACCAAUUCCGUCAUCCAUCUCUGUUUUGGAAAAUCUAAUUCAAUUGAAGAUUAGUGACAUAACUGGAGCAAGGCAAGCUUUUCCUGAGCUUAGAAACAUGUCGAACAUUAUAAGGAUAAUUUUGAAGAACUGCAGUAUUUCAGGAGAGAUACCUGAAUAUAUCUGGAGACUUAAUAAUCUGCGACUGCUGGAUCUCAGUUUCAAUAAGCUAAGUGGGGAACUUCCCUAUGUUCGCAUCUAUGGAAUUUUUAAAUUCAUCUUUCUAAGUGGCAACUUUCUCAGUGGGAAUAUACCAAAGUCAAUCUUGAAGAAAGGAUCUAAUGUGGAUCUUUCAUACAAUAAUUUCACUUGGCAAAGCGUUGAGCAGUCUGCUUGUCCGGAGAAACCAAAUCUAAAUCUGAACUUGUUCCGAAGCUCUUCAGUGGAGAAAAACAUAAGUGGAGCUCUUCCUUGCAUGGAUGAUUUCAAAUGUCAACGAUAUAGGCACUCUUUGUACAUUAACUGUGGUGGAGAAACUGUAAAAAUAAAUGGCAGGACAUUCGAAGGGGAUGCAGGAGUUGGUGGUGGUGUCGCAACAUUCUAUUUUAAUGCCAAUACUAACUGGGGAUUCAGUAGUACUGGGGACUUCAUGGAUGAUGAUGAUGAGCAAAACACCAAUUACAUUGCAAAUUUGCAGUCAUCACAGAUUUCUGAAUUAUACUCUAAUGCUCGCAUUGCUCCUCUCUUGCUUACUUAUGUUGGAUAUUGUUUAGAAAAUGGUAGUUAUACUGUGAGUCUACACUUUGCGGAGAUCCAAUUCACAAAUGACAAAACGUAUAGGAGCCUUGGCAGGCGCAAAUUCGAUAUCUAUGUUCAGGACAAACUUGUUGAGAAGGAUUUUGAUAUAGAAGCUAUAGCUUCUGGGGUUCUAAAGCCAGUUAUAAAAGAAUAUAAGGCCAAUGUUACAAGUAACAUUUUACAGAUCUGCUUCAUUUGGGCUGGCAAAGGCACUACUGCAAUUCCUAAAGGUGGAGUCUAUGGGCCUCUCAUAUCAGCUAUUUCUGUAGAUCCCAAUUUCAAACCCCAUUAUGGAGGGGAAAAAAGGAAGAUUGUACCAAUUGUUGUCAGCAUUGGUGUUGUAGGAUUCUUUUUCAUAUUUUUGGCAUUUGGUAUCCUGUGUCGGAGAUACUUCACAACUAAUAGUGGGAGAGAAACAGAUUUUAAAGGACUAGAUGAUCUCCACACAAGUUAUUUUACCCUAAAGCAAAUUAAAGCUGCCACUAACAAUUUCGAUUCUUCCAACAAAAUUGGAGAAGGUGGAUUUGGACCAGUUUACAAGGGUCAGUUAUCCGAUGCUACCGUGAUUGCUGUGAAGCAGCUAUCUACGAAAUCCAGGCAGGGAAAUCGCGAAUUCUUGAAUGAGUUAGGCAUGAUUUCGUGUUUGCAACAUCCAAACCUUGUGAAAAUUUAUGGAUGUUGUAUUGAAGGUGAUCAGCUUUUGUUGAUAUAUGAAUACAUGGAAAAUAACAGCCUUGCCUAUGCUUUGUUUGGUCGGGAAAAAUGUCAACUGAAAUUAGACUGGCCGACCAGGCAGAAAAUCUGUCUUGGGGUAGCUAGAGGUUUAGUUUAUCUUCACGAAGAAUCAAGAUUCAAAAUUGUCCACAGAGACAUUAAAGCAACUAAUGUUCUACUUGAUCAUGAUUUGAACCCUAAAAUAUCUGACUUUGGAUUGGCUAAGCUUUAUGAGGAGGAGAAAACUCACAUCAGCACUCGAAUUGCUGGCACUAUUGGAUAUAUGGCACCAGAAUAUGCGCUAUGGGGUUAUUUGACCUACAAAGCAGAUGUUUACAGUUUUGGAGUUGUUGCUUUGGAAAUUGUUAGCGGGAAGAACAAUAUGAGUUAUGUGCCAGAGACUAAUUCUUCUUGUCCUCUAGAUUGGGCCUUUAACUUACAGCAACGUGGGAAGCUAAGGGAGUUGGUGGAUGCAAAUCUGGGAUCCGACUUCGACAAGGUUGAAGCCGAAAGGAUGAUUAAAGUAGCACUUGUAUGCACCAACGCUUCACCUUCGCUAAGGCCAACAAUGUCGGAAGUGGUGAGCAUGCUAGAAGGAACAUCUGCCAUUCCAGAUGCUGUCCCUGUAGCACGGAGUUAUGGUGAAGAUUUGAGAUUUAAAACUCUGAAGGAUCAUCAUAUGCAAAUGAAAAAUCAGGCUGAUUUCUCAGUAUCAACCGGGUCCUGGCCUGCUGCUUCCUCUGAUAUUCAAAAGGUUUGUGAAGUUAAUGAAGAGUCUUAUUUGAUGUUUAAAGCGGUAAGAGACAAUCACAUACAAAGCUCAAUGGCUCAAACUUCCAUUUCAUACGCCUCCUGGACUGCCUCCUCCUCAAAAUCUUCCCAUGAUUAAUGUAUAUAAUACAGUUCAAAUUCUCUUAAUAUUUUUGGGGACUUAAAUCUUGUGCAUAUUGUAUCUUAUUAC